AUGGUAUUCUUUUUUCUUUGUUGGGUACGUGUAGACUCGAGCUUUGUGUCGUCAUUGGUGUACGCGAUGCUAGAGAGCUCAAGGGACUUGGCGGUGGGGACGAUGGCGUCGCAGCUGAUAUCGACCAUGCUGGGGAAGGAAGUGAGUCCCAUGGAGAAUCCAAAGCAGUACUUCCAGUUGGCUAUAACGGCUACUUUCUUCGCCGGAAUAUUUGAAGCUAGCCUUUUAUUUCUCAGACUCGGGUUAAUUGUGGACUUCUUGUCGCAUGCGACGAUAGUUGGGUGCAUGAGUGGAGCAGCCACUAUAGUUUGCCUGCAACAACUUAAAGGAAUGUUGGGAUUGGUACACUUCACCCAUGAGACAGAUGUAGUAUCCGUUAUGCGUUCCAUAUUCACUCAGACGAACUAG